AUGACGGAUGCCGGUGGCACUCCCGCGAUAAAUGUAGCCCACGCGACUGUUCAGGAAUCUUCGGUGGGGACUGUAACCGAUGACCUCAACGCCACAGAACAAAAUCUGGCUAUCGAAGUUGAAUCUGACCGUGACUCUGCGUUCGGCGGAAGCGACCAAAGCAGUACCUCUACCUCACUUGCAUCUAGUGUGUUUGACUACGUCUACGAGAAUGGGAGGAGGUAUCACAAAUACCAUGAGGGAUCCUACGUUUUGCCCAACGAUGAGCAAGAACAGGAUCGAUUAGACAUGCUACAUCACAUCUUCCGAUUGAUUCUCGGGGGCGCGCUUUACAAAUCUCCGAUUUCCAACCCACGAAAUGUCCUAGAUAUCGGCACGGGUACUGGUAUAUGGGCGCUAGAUUUUGCAGACGAAAACCCUGCAUCAGAUGUCUUGGGUAACGAUCUCAGCCCAAUUCAGCCUUCCUGGACUGCUCCAAACUGUAGAUUUAUCAUCGAUGACGUCGAAAGUCCGUGGUCCUAUCCAUCUGCGAAGGCGCUCGACUUCAUUCACCAACGAAAUAUGGUUGGAAGUAUCGGUGAUUGGCAUCAGCUAUAUCAGCGGGCUUAUGACAAUCUUGCUCCUGGCGGCUGGUAUGAAGCGCAAGAAUUCGAUGUGUGGUUCCAGGGUCAGGCCGAGGAAUUGAAGGAAGACAGCUAUAUCUUCCAGUGGCAGACCAUGCUGGACGAAGCCAGCUCAAAAUUCGGAAAACGUUUGAAUUGCGUAUCCGGGAUGAAAGAUGCGUUUUCCAAAGUCGCGUUCGUCAACGUACGGCACGACAUCUACAAGAUACCGAUCGGAAAAUGGCCCAAGGAUAAAAGGUUAAGAGAGAUCGGUGUAUACCUGCAGGCGCAAAUGCUCGACUCGGUUGAGGGCGUCUCCAUGGCUUACUUCACGCGAGUUCUCGGCUGGAGUAAAGAGGAAACGCUGGUGUUCGUGGCGAGAGCCAGGCAAGAGUUCAAGAAUAAUCAGAAGUGCGUUUAUGUGUUUUGCCACUUCUUACGAGGCCAGAAACCUGCUGGGCCUUCAUAG